GACUCACUGAUCUCGGACUUGUCGUCGGUUUCGCAUCGAAAACCCGACUAUGCUCGUCGCUGCAUUCUGGUGCUCCUCAUUCAUGCCGUCUUCAUACUCGCCGUCUUUCUUGCCUUCCUUAUCGGGCAUUGGCUGUCAGAGCAAAACGCGACUCCGAAUACGACAUCAAACGAGUUAAUCUACAUCAUAACCUCUCCGCCUUCCACUACUAACCAACCGUAUCAAGCUGAUGACACGCUUCAACCGCGACGAAAUUUCACUCUAAUGGACGUUCAACCGCCCGCCUACGAGUCCUAUGAGUUCAUGGAAGAAUUACAUGCGCGUCAAGGGAAAAGCAAGGAGGACGAAAAAGGGUCUAUCCCAAAAACUUUGAGAAGAGAAGAUCAAAAGAAGUUGGCGCGAAUCGUUCUCAAAGAACGACUGAAAAGGGGAAGGUACUUAUUAGAGAUUGAGUACAAUAUAACCAUCUGUGAUCAGGAAGGAGGUGUGCACUGCUACUAUGAAAUGGACUCUGCGAACACUUCGGCGGUGGUGUCGUUCACGACGAAGUUUGAGCCAACAAUGGCAAGAUCGUUUGUGCCCUGUUGGGAUGACCCUGGGAUCAAGGUACAUAAUUUGACGGAUUUUUACAAGCGCAUUCUGCGAUUAGACCUCCUUAUGUCCUGA